AUGUUCACCAGGGAUUUGGCCAUAGGAAUGAUAUUCUUAUCACAGACUGUAUUUGGAAUCCUGGGGAACUUCUCUCUGCUUUAUCAUUAUCUCUUCCUUUAUUUCACUGGGUGCAGGUUGAGGACCUCAGAUUUCAUUGUAGAGCACCUGAUUGUAGGCAACAUUUUGGUCAUUGUCUCCGGAGGAAUCCCCUCUAUAAUACUGUCUUUUGGGUGGAUAUAUGUCCUCAAUGAUGGGGAAUGCAAAUUCACUUACUAUAUUCACAGAGUGGGCAGGGGAGUGUCCAUUGGCAGCACCUGCCUGUUGAGCGUCUUCCAGGCCAUCACCAUCAGUCCCAGGAACUCCAAGUGGGCAGAGCUUAAAGGGAAAGCUCCCAAGUACAUUGGCCCUGCUAUUUUGCUAUGCUGGACCCUGCAGAUACUAAUAAAUAUCAUUUUCCCUCUCUAUGUAAAUGGAAAAUUGAGCAACAAAAACAUUACCAACACACAAGGUUUGGGAUACUGUUCUUCUAUUCGUCAGAAUCAUACCACAAACUUUCUGUUUGCAGCACUGCUGUCCUUCCCAGAUAUGUUCUGUUUGGGGCUCAUGCUCUGCGGUAGCAGCUCCAUGAUUUUGGUCUUGUACAGGCACAAGGAUCGGAUGCGACACAUUCACAGGACCCAUAUCUGCCCUAGAUCUUCCCCUGAGUCCAGAGCUACUAAAACCAUCCUUCUCUUGGUGAGCACCUUUGUCUGUUUUUACUCCCUCUCCUGCAUCUUUCAAAUUUAUUUGGUUCUUGUUAAUAAUUCCAGCUGGUUUCUGGUGAACACUGCUGGGAUAGUUGCUGCAUGUUUUCCAGUCAUCAGCCCCUUUCUGCUCUUGAGCCGUGACUCCAGUGCAUUCACACUGUGCUUUGCCUGGAUAGAGAAUACAAAAGCCCCCAAUCAUACAGGGAACACAUGA